GCUAUCACCUGUUGAGGAGCAGUCUCUUAUUUAGUGGAUUCUAGAGCUAGACCGACGAGGCUUUCUACCCUAUAUUAUUGACGUGCGACGAAUGGCAGACGCGUUACUCGCUGCGCGUGGCUAAGAUCCACCUUCACAACCUAUAGGCAAGAAAUGGGUGUCACGCUUUAUCUAGAGCCAGCUAGAGCUUCAGACAAAGUGGAGUAGGCGACUUAAUAGCUAGCGUGCCUCCUGCGAGGAUCCUGUCGCAAUCGCAGCCUGGUUUAAGCUAGUAGAGGAGACGCGCUAGGCGUACGGUAUUCUAGAUCAAGACAUCUACAACUUUAAUGAGACUGGCUUCGCGAUGGGCGUCGCUAGCACGUCUAAGCCUCUAGACGUAAGCUGCUACUCCCUUCUUAAGCGCGCGUACGGACGCGAGGUCGAGGAGCUCGCCCGCCAUGGCGUCUACUAUAUUGAUAAAAUAGACUUUCUUACAGCCUAUGCACGGAUCCGGCCGACUAUAUUUACGCACCAGGCGGGUGAGAGACGCCAGCGCGCGCCGCCAACGUGCACGAAGUGCCACACUCAAGGUCAUAAACGGACUUAAUGUAGACUAGAACAGACUAUCUUAGAAUAAAAUAUAAUUAUAUUAUCUCU